UUCGAGAGGUGUUAAUAAAUGUCAGGCGGUAGUAUAAUGCCUGCUUUGCCCGAAGCUGACGGGCUGGUGGGAAGCAAGAUGUAGUGUUGUAUGAUAUUUUGAGGUUGUCAUGACAUAAUUUCCAAUUUUCGUGGCUCAUGUUGUCGUAAUGAGCACUUCCACACAUUACGUUCCGCAUGCGCUUCUCGUGUUCGGUGUAAAAUAAAAUAAGGCCUAAUGAGAUUGUAGGUUAGGGGUUGUGUAUUGUUUGUAGAGCUGUUAGACGGUGGCAGCAAAAUGAAGUUUACUGAACAUUUGAGUGCUCAUAUUACUCCCGAGUGGAGAAAACAGUAUAUUAAUUACGAGGAAAUGAAAGCAAUGCUUUAUGCUGCUGUGGAGCAAGCACCUUCAGCAGAACUUGUUGAACCGGAGGUGUUAUCUCGCUAUUUCGCAAAAUUUGAUGAACAAUUUUUCCACUACUGUGAUAAAGAAUUAGCGAAGAUAAACACUUUUUAUUCCGAAAAAUUAGCAGAAGCUACAAGAAAAUAUGCUAAUUUGCGAAGUGAACUUAGUGAGGCACAGGAAGAUGAAUUUCAUGGUAAACAGAGUUUCUUGCGGCGUGGGCCAAAUAUCCUUCGCAAAAGAAAUGUUCCUGCACGAAAGACUCAGGAACUUAAACUUGCAUUCAGUGAGUUUUACCUGAGUCUUAUUUUAUUGCAAAACUACCAGAAUCUAAAUUUCACUGGUUUCCGCAAGAUUUUAAAGAAACAUGACAAGCUUCUGUCUGUUGAUGUUGGUGCUAAAUGGCGUGCAGAAAAUGUGGAAACUUCCCAUUUUUAUACAAACAAGGAUAUUGAUCGCCUUAUACGGGAGACAGAAGCAGUUGUUACACAGGAUCUUGAGGGAGGUGAUAGGCAGAGAGCUAUGAAAAGGCUCAGAGUUCCCCCCCUUGGGGAGCAACAGAGCCCUUGGACAACAUUUAAAGUAGGGCUUUUCUCAGGCUCAUUUAUGAUACUUCUCAUUGCUGUCAUACUUUCAGGUAUCUUUCACAAACCGAGGGAUGACUGGCGCAUUGUAUGUCGACUUUAUCGGGGUCCAUUUUUAAUUGUUGAAUUUCUUUUCUUGAUGGGCGUGAAUGUAUAUGGUUGGAGAUCAUCUGGUGUAAACCAUGUGCUGAUUUUUGAAUUGGAUCCAAGAAAUCACUUGUCAGAACAGCAUAUUAUGGAAAUGGCAGCAAUAUUUGGAGUUGUUUGGACACUGAGUGUACUGAGUUUCUUGUACAGCUCUGCUCUUGGCAUUCCACCAUAUGCUUGCCCACUCAUGCUCAUAAUACUGAUGGUACUGUUCACAUUCAACCCAAUGAAGAUUUUUCGUCAUGAAGCACGGUUCUGGGCUAUUAGGGUGCUGACACGAAUCAUACUGGCUCCAUUUUUCUAUGUGAACUUUGCUGAUUUCUGGUUGGCAGACCAACUUAAUAGUCUUGUGGUAGUUUUCACUGAUCUGCAGUUCCUGAUUUGUUUCUAUGCAACUAAUAAGAACUGGAUGGUUGCUGAAGGUGUUUACCAGAAGACGGCUCCCGAGCGACCAUAUAGACUCAUAGAUCUGAGGCACAAAACCCUACUGAAAUGCACAGAUAGCCGCCAAUGUACUGACCUCCGUGGUUUCCUACGACCAAUGGUUGGGUGUCUCCCAGCUUGGUGGCGAUUUGCACAGUGCUUGCGCCGAUACAGGGACACCAAAGAGGCCUUCCCACAUCUAGUAAAUGCAGGAAAAUAUGCAACAUCAUUUUUUGUCAUCCUCUUUUCAGCACUUAAUAUUGCAAAUGAAAGUAAAUACACGUUUACUUCAGAAAAUCCAUAUUUUUAUUUGUGGGUGCUUUCAUAUAUCCUUAGCUCCUGCUAUGCAUAUACUUGGGAUAUAAAAAUGGAUUGGGGAUUGUUUGACAAGAAAGCAGGAGACAACAAAUACUUACGAGAAGAAAUUGUAUAUUCUUCAACUUGGUUCUAUUACUUUGCGAUUGUGGAAGACUUUAUCUUAAGAUUUGGCUGGGCCCUUUCAAUGUCUUUAACAGAAAUGGGAUAUGUGCAUUCAGAUCUAAUGGUAUCAGUUCUGUCACCACUUGAAGUUAUCAGGAGGUUUGUAUGGAACUUCUUUCGACUUGAGAAUGAGCAUUUGAACAACUGUGGUAAAUUCAGAGCUGUGAGGGAUAUAUCAGUUGCACCUAUGGAUUCAUCAGAUCAGACACAAAUAAUCAAAAUGAUGGAUGAAGAAAAUGGUGUUUUAAAUCGGCGCAAGAAGAAAUUGGAUGCUAGUAAGAAAAGAGAAGACCACCGCCUCCUUUUGGAAGGAGAAUCAACAGAUGAUCCAGAUAGCUGAGUUUUCCUGCCAAAAGUUCUCUCUUUACUACACCAUACUUUGCUUCUCAUAUGAAGCAUCUGGCUACUGCUAGAAAGAGUAAACUUGGGUAAUUCAGUAUGGCAGUGAUAGAUGUUGUUGAUCUCACUUUAUUAAUAAGCCACAGACAACUCUUGGAUACAUUUUAUAGUACCUAAAGUAAGUUGAAGGUGGUCAAUGCUGUACUUUUGUGUAGAUAUUAUAAAAGAUCAUUGUCAGUGGUGCAGUAUAGCAUCAGACUUGGUUCAGGAGACCAACUUGUUGCAGGUUCUGGAAUGAAAGGAAGAAAGAGAAGCUAUAUUUAUUGUUACAUAGAUUUUUGUAUGCUCCAUUGUCUGUGAUGAUAAACUGAACAUUUAAGUCAGUACAAAUUAAGUUACUAUCCUUACUUUAGAAACUUUUGUGGGUAUGUGCAAAAUUUUAUUGAGUAUUACAUAAACAGUUUUGUACUGUAUCACUUAAUCUCACAGUAUUAUAUAUUGAUCUACAGACAGUGAUUUUUAAUAUUUUUUUCAGAUUUUGCAUACUUUUUGUUACGCCCAACAGCAAAUAGUCUAGUACAAAUAAUAAGACUAAUUCCAGGGUAAACACUACACAAAUUUCUAGUAUCUUGUCUAUUUGAAUGCAUGUUGCACUAAAGGUAUUUGUGUAUAAUCAUUUUCAGUCAUGCUUUGUACCUAGCCUAUAGGUUAUUCGAGACAUAUUUGGAUCAAUAAUUUUCAUUAAAAAAAAUGACAACAAAAUAAUGCA